AUGAAAGCAGUUUUGAAUAUGCUGGUACUGAAACUCUCCCAAAAGACAAAACUACUAGCGGUAAGGGCAAUUUUGUUCGAUAAUCGAUCUAGAAUUGAUUGGCUCCGAAACUGUGCUGCCACGUUUGCGAGAUAUUAG